CCAAAACAGGCUGAGCUCCAGAUCUCCGCGCCUUACAGACUCCGCUCCAUCCAGAGUCCGAUGGCGGCGGCGGCGACGCUGUGGGACCCACCACAGUUCCCACAUUGCAGGCCGGAUUCUUUACCAGCUGAGCCACCAGGCGGCGUACCUCGGGGCAACCCAAAACAGUCAAGAGAUCCAGAUCUCUGCGUCUUACAGACCCUGCUCCAUCCAGAGUCCGAUGGCAGUGGUGACGACUCUAAGGGACCCACCACAGGGUGUGAAUUUAAGGAUGUGGCCAUUGACUUCUCCCGGGAGGAGUGGGGGCUCCUGGAUGAGGCACAGAGACUCCUGUACUACAGUGUGAUGCUGGAAACCUUUGCACUUGUAGCAUCCGUGGGUUGUUGGCAUGGAACAGAAGAUGAGGAGGCCCCUUCUGAGCAGAGUUUAUCUGUAGAAGCAGAGUCACAGGUCAGGGUUUCUAAGGCAGGUCUAUCCACCUGGAAGAUCCACCCCUGUGAGAUGUGUGUCCCCAUUUUAAAAGAUACUUUGCACCAAGCUGAGCACCGAACAAUAUGCUGUUUUAGGAAACCAGACUGGGGUGGUACAUGUUUGAGACACUUCUGUUCCAGUGCAGACUUUCACUGGCAGCAGAAGGAUGACAGUGGAGAGAAGCCCUGGGAAAGAGAUGUGGAGAGGGUCUCAUUUGUGAGGAGCUGCAACCUCUUUGUGUCAGGGAAGCCUUUCACCAGUAGGGAAGUUGGGGAGGACUGCCCAGCCACCUUGGGCCUUCUCCAGCACGAGGCCACAAGCAACAGUGAGGAAUCACAGACUGGCAGAAAGGGUGAGCAGGCCUUUCACAGUGAAAAAAGUCAUUACAAGUGGGGUGAAUGUGAAAAAGUUGACAGCCACAACCACAAUCUUGUUCAAGAUCAAAGCCUCUGCUCUAAAGAAGGACUUUAUCAAUGUAACAAAUGUAGUAAAGGCUUCAACUGCAACUACAGACUUAUUCAGCACCAGCAAAUUCACACUGGACAAAGGCCAGGUAAGUGUGGUGAAUGUGGGAAAUUCUUUAGCCAAAUCUCUGGCCUUGUUAAACACCAGAGAAUUCACAGUGGUACAAAGCCUUCUGGAUGCAGAGAAUGUGGAAGAUUAUUUACCCACAACUUUAGUCUUACAAAACACCAGAGAAUUCACACUGGAGAAAGGACUUGUGAAUGCAGAAAAGACUUCAGUCACAAAUCCAAACUCAUUCACCAACAGACACAACUUACUGGAGGAAUUCAUUUUAAAUGUGGUGAAUGUAGGAAAUUCUUUAGCUACAAAUCCAAGCUCAUUGAACACCAGAGAGUUCACACUAAAGAAAGACAUCAUGAAUGCACCAAAUGUGGGAAGACUUUUAGACACAGCUCUAGCCUUUUCCGGCACCAAAGAGUUCACACUGGAGAAAGGCCUUAUGAAUGCAGUGAAUGUGGGAAAUCUUUUGGCUACAAAAAUGACCUCAUUCAACACCAGAGAAUUCACAGUGGAGAAAGGCCUUAUGUGUGCAGUGAAUGUGGAAAGUCUUUUAGAAAGUUGUCUAACCUCAUUCGUCACCAGAGUGUUCAUACUGGUGAAAGACCUUAUGAGUGCAAUGUUUGUGGAAAAUCCUUUAGUCGCAGAUUUGUCUUCAUUGAACAUCAGAGAGUUCACACUGGAGAAAGACCUUUUGAGUGCACUGAAUGUGGAAAAUCCUUUACCCGAAAAUCUGAGCUCAUUCAACAUCAGAGAGUUCAUUCUGGCACAAGACCUUAUGAGUGCAGUGAAUGUAGAAAAUGUUUUAGACAACACUCUGGCCUUACUCAUCACCAGAGAAUUCAUUCUGGAGAAAAGCCACAUGAGUGCAAUGAAUGUGGAGAAUCCUUUAGCCAAAACGCUAGCCUUACUCAACAUCAGAGAGUCCAUACUGGAGAAAAGCCACAUGAGUGCAAUGAAUGUGGAAAAUCCUUUAGCCGAAGUGAUAUUCUCAUUCAACACCAGAGAGGUCACACUGGUGAGAGGCCUUAUGAGUGCAGUGAAUGUGAAAAGUCCUUUAGCUGGAAAUCUAGCCUCCUUAGACACCGGAGAGUUCACACUGGAGAAAGACCUUAUGAGUGUAGUGAAUGUGAGAAAUCAUUUAGCUGCAAAUCUAACCUCCUUAGACACCAGAGAGUUCACACUGGAGAAAAGUCUUAAAUGUUCAGGGAAUGUUUUAUUUCCUCACUCAGGAUAACAACACUGGAGGAGACUGUGUGAGAGCCAUUUACCUGAAUUUAAACCUCUCUAAUUCAAGCAUACAUCAUGAAAGAUUCCACAUAAGUUUCAGUUACAUCUGCAACUUUAAGGAAAUACAUUGUACUUUCUAACCUGCCCAGAGCUGUUAGAUUUAUGUCACACUCAGUUUUUGACUGAAGCCAUUUCACCUCUCUACAUCAGUCACCACUCCAACAGUCUCAAGAAAACCAACCUCUGUGUUCUCACAUUUGCUUAAGGAAGUUAUAAAUAGCCCAGACCCUUAGCCAGAUCUCCAUUCCUUUCUGUCUGAUUUUCCAGGGAAUGGACCUGACCCAGUUUUGGUUCAAAGGACCUAUACUCAGCUUUCUAAGAAGAACUACCUUUUUCAGGGACAUUAUUGUUCUCAUAUCAUACUAGUGAUGAAUUUUUCCAGGUUCUAAUUUACUAACCUGGGAACUGCUUGCUGCACAUUGCUCUGGUUUGUGAUCUUUUGAAAGGCCCGCUCUUGCAACUUUAAUUUUGGCAGAUCUAUUCUCUCAUCCACAGGGGUUUGGAAGCAGAAUUGUGAUCGAUGAGAAUGUAGGAGUGAACAGAUUUUGUGGGAAUCCCAAACUUUCUGGGCUUUCUGGGACCUUAUGGCAGGAAAUAAAUAGCUUUUUGUCCA